AUGUUCAAAUCAAUUGUAUUCAAUGUCAUAUUCCUCUACGCAACUUAUAAGCAACCAAAGAAAAGCUAUUUGCCAAUUGUUUAUAUUUAUAAUAUGUCAGCUUCUGCAAUCAUCUUAGCUGUUAUGGUACUAUCCAAUGUUUAUCUUGGAGCCGUCUUACCGGAUUCCAUAUAUGGGGCUUACCGAGACACCAUUGGACCAGAAUUGUCGCUUUUCGCCACAUUCAUUUAUUUUCAUCCUCAGCUGACAUCGCUCGUGAUGACUAUCAAUAGAAUCUGCGCUUUAUCAACUAUUCGGACGAGUUCCUGGUUCUCUGUGAAGAGAGUUUGGAUGUACACUGGCGCUCACGCGCUGUUCAAUUUAACUCUUCUUCUUAUUCCAUAUUUUAGUCCAUGUCAAGUCAAAUUUGACGCUAAAAAAUUGGCGUAUAUUUCAGGAUGUGCUCCAAAUGCGCACCCGGUUACGGUAUUUUGCAAUUCUUACGCGAUUGCCCUACCCGUUACGUGUUUCUCAUUGAAUAUUAUGAUUGUGAUUUAUUUCAUGCAGUAUUUCGAAUAUCUCGAAGCACUAAUGAUCCUCAAAGACAACUUCCGACAAGGGUUUUAUGAUGUUAUAAAACGAGAGAGUGUUGUAUUAAUGGUGUCUACUGACACAGAUGCACUAUGUACUACUAUGAUUUUGUCUCAUCUACUCAAAUGUGACGAUGUUCCAUAUUCAAUUGUUGCCGUUGAUGGUUGGCAAGACGUUGAAAAAGGAUUUGCAGAAUUACAAGAUCAAAAGACAUCGAUAGUUAUGAUUAAUUGUGGAGCUAAUCGAUCAUUAUCUCGACUUCAAAUUCCCGCCCAAGCUACGAUCUAUGUCAUCGAUUCGCACCGUCCGUUUCACAUUGAAAACGUGUUCGAGAACGAUCAAGUACACAUAUUGGCUGAUUCGCAAGAGAUCGAAGAAUUAAGAAUGCCGAACCCUGAGGAAAUUAUCCGCGAAGAGUCCGAUGAUGAUACCGACGAUGACGAUGAUCAAUUUGGUGAAGCUUAUGAGAAUCGAAUGGAGAAAAUUCAGCGGAAGGCGAUCAAAAGAGAGGAAUUGCGACUUUGGGAGCGGAGGAGGCAAAAUGUGCUAUGGACGUACUAUGAAUCUGCGUGGUGUGGAGCCCCGAGUUGCGUUAGGCUUCUUGAACUUGCCGCAGAUCUUAAUCGAACGUCAGCUGAGAUUAUGUGGUAUGCCGCGGUUGGAUUAAAUAGUGUCUUUGUUGAUCGCCUGAUUUCCAUUGAAUUAUAUACCGCAAUUUGUGUUGAUCGAAUGAGGCCGUUUAUACAUAAAUUUUCUCCAAAAACAAUUUUGAAUCAAGGAAAAGUCGAUGAUCUUCUUCAUAUUUCCUUUGCCAAGGAACUUCCCAUCGCCCUUUACUCCCACUGGGAUUUGUAUAGCGCGAUGAUGGUUGAUGAGUAUUUUUCGAUUAAAACCAAGAAUUGGACCCAAAAAGGAGAUAUUAAUAUAAGGCAUCUUCUUGCGAAUCUUGGAAUCACUCUUGCCGAAACUCGCCAAAAAUUCGACGCAUUGUCGACGGAACAGAAAAACGUAGUUGUUGAAAUUUUAGAAAAAGAAAUUGACUCGUCGUUCGCUACAUUUUACGCACAUUUGGGCUAUUGUGGAAAAUUGAAUGCGGUGGAUGUUGCGAGAGCGGUGGCUGUUCGAAUGGAAAUUCCGAAAGCGAAAAACGCAAUGGAUCGGUUCAUGUCGGGCGGAAUGAUAUUGAGGGCCUCAAUUUCCGGUUCGAAACAACAUCGCCAAAAUAUUAUUCAGACUUUUGAAACAUCCUGCCAAAGAACUCUUUUAGUCACGUGGAAAACUGUGGCAGCGGCGUUGAAUCAAUCAGAAAUAAUUCCCAAUGGCCCAUAUUAUUUGUUCUCAUGCUCGCGGCCUAUUGAUGAUGACAUGGUUGAAUCAAGACAUUUUCUCUACAACACAAUUGGAUUUUUGAUUCGAGCUUUUGCUUCGAUGAAGAAAGGACGGUCAACUAAACCUUUGAUCGGAAUGUUCCCAUUGACCGGAGAAAAAGCUGGAUGGCUUAUGGUAACCGGUGUGAUGCCUUUAGCAACAGUUUACGAUGAUAAUUUGAUUAAAACAUGCAUUGGCCGAGCAUUUGAACGAGUGAAAAAGAUGGCUCCAAAACUGCGAAUUCGAGACGAUUUUUUCAAUUCUGAUAUUAUUUUGCUUAAAAGUGAGGAUCGCACGAGAUUUAUUGAUUGCCUUCAAUCAAUUUUCGAAGGAACUAACAACUAG